UAAAGGUCCAAAGGUGUAGACGCUUGGCGAGAUGGCGCGGUGUAUUGCAGCCACCUCUCACCAAUCGUUGCUCAUCUCUCACUUUCCCAAGCUCCUCUCUAUUUUUCACUCACUACAUGCAUUCAUUAAUUAGCUGUAAAUUUUUUCAAAAAGGAAACAAAGUAAAGACACCAUCACAGUGAUAGAUUAGAGGGAGUGAGAGGUUUUUGGAAAUAAAAUCAAGAAUCCAAGAAAACUGUAUAUAUUGGGGGGAGGAUGGAGAUGGAGGGGUGCAAUAGAAGGAUGUGUUCGUGGUGGAAAACGUCGUCGUCGUCGGCGAGGCGGCUAGGGUUUAUGGUGCCGUUAAUGGUGGUUUCGGUGAUGGUGGUUUUGAUGGGUUCCAAGUCAUCCAAUUGGAUCUUCGCCUCCAAUUACUACCCGUGGACUUGGGGUUCCGUUUAUCCCGCUUCUUCUCUCUCCGCUCCCCACAAUUCCUCUACCUUUCCUCCGCCGGCGGAGGACGCCGGCGCGGCUUUGGAGUUGCGGCGGAGAGUGGUUGGCGGCGGCGAGAGGGAGGAGGCUCUGUCCGUUGACUACGCUCUCGAGCGCUCCACCGCCGCACCGCCGCUCGGUGUUCAAGUUAGAGAGGCCGAACCGCCGAGCGAUGGAACCAAAGUGGAAUUAAUAAUCACGCCGAAAGAGUCCAACGUCUCGACUCUAUUCAAUGAGACUCAUGUUCUUCCCUCGAGCCCCAUAAUAAGUAGAAGGUUUACCAACUUGGAAAUACUCGAGGCCAAACUGCAGAAAGCUCGAGCUGCAAUUAGCAAUGCGAAAAAUGGAAAUACAUCGUUUGAUCCUGACUACGUCCCAUCGGGUCCUAUUUACUGGAAUCCCUCUUCUUUUCACAGGAGCUACCUUGAGAUGGAAAAGCUCUUCAAAGUGUUCAUCUAUAAAGAAGGGGAACAUCCUAUUUUUCACAAUGGUCCUUGUGGAAGCAUCUAUUCUAUGGAGGGAAAUUUCAUUUAUAAGAUGGAAACGUCAAACUUUCGGACCAAAAAUCCCGACAAAGCGAGUGUUUACUUCCUUCCCUUCAGUGUGGCGUCCAUGGUUCACUUCAUCUACGACAAAAAUGCUCCCGAUCACUGGCUGCCACUAAAACGAACAGUAAAGGACUACGUCAAUCUUGUAGCCGGAAGGUACCCGUAUUGGAAUCGGAGCCUCGGAUCCGACCACUUCAUGCUCUCUUGCCAUGAUUGGGGGCCUGAACUUUCAAAGUCUCUUCCAGAGCUAUUCAAGAACUCGAUCCGAGCCUUAUGCAAUGCGAACAUAUCCGAAGGGUUCCAACCCUCGAAAGAUGUGACGAUCCCAGAGAUCAACCUGAUUGGUGGCCGGACAAAUGGGCUGAUUGGGGGGCCAUCGCCAUCCAGAAGGCCGAUCCUCGCCUUCUUUGCAGGUGGGGUCCAUGGCCCCAUUAGGCCAAUUCUUCUCGAACAUUGGGAGGACAAAGAUCCCGAUAUUCAAGUCCACAAGUAUCUCGCCAAAGGCGUCUCGUACUCUGCAAUGAUGCGAAAGAGCAAGUACUGUCUCUGCCCUAGCGGCUACGAGGUUGCGAGCCCCCGUAUGGUGGAGGCACUGUACACCGGGUGUGUCCCCGUCCUAUUGAAGGAUGGGUAUGUGCCGCCUUUCAGCGAUGUCCUUAACUGGAAGUCGUUUUCUGUCGAAGUCCCGGUUAAGGACAUCCCGAACCUCAAGAGCAUCCUUGAGGGGAUCUCGAAGAGGCAGUACAUAAGGAUGCAGCGGCGUGGGGUGGCGGCACGUCGCCAUUUUGAGGUGAAUUUGCCUCCGAAAAGGUAUGAUGUGUUUCAUAUGACGCUACAUUCGAUUUGGCUGAGAAGAAUGAAUAUUAGGCUGCAUGGAGUUCAAGAUUCAUGACAGAACAGAUUAAUUGGAAUCGAAUAUACACACUUUCAAGUAUUCUUUUUUAGUGGUUUAUUGGAUUGAAGUAUAUAGAUAAUAUGCUAUGUAAUCUUGGCUGCAGAUAAGUCGUCUCCCUCAUUUGUAAGGAUGAAAUAAUUUGAUUUUUUGGUUUAUUUUUCAUCAUUUUAGUGGUUGUCUCUCUCUUGUGUUAAUGAUUUUUGACAGCUUCUCCAAAUGUUUUUAACUUUUUCGUCGAUCUAAUUGUAGAUGUUGAUGUACUGUUUUCUAGUUUUGUGUUGGUAUAUAAUUAUAUUCGUUGAAUGUA